AUGUCAGCAUUUGGCUUUUUAAAGGAGAAAUUGGCAGCUCGGGUUAUGGGAUGGAUGAAACGUCUCCUAUCCUAUGGAGGGCCUGAGGUUUUUCUAAAAUCGAUCGCCCAGGAAGCAUGUUUAGGAUUUAGACCGUGUCCUGUGUGCCAAGCUGAUGAGGAAACAGCUGCUCAUGCUUUGCGUGGCUGUCUGUAUGCCCAGGAGGCUGGUUUUUCUGGGGUACCUCGUUUCACACCUGGAGAAUCUAGUUUAAGUUGGGUAGAAGCAUUAUCGCAGUUGUUCACCGUGGAACAUUUCACUAACUUUGCGGUUCUACUUUGGAAUAUAUGGAAUGGAAGAAAUACACUAGUCCAUGAGGAUAAACUUCAACCUAUGUGGCUUAUAGCUUUAAAUGCACAGGUGCUCCAGAAUGCGUUUAAAUCAGCCAGGAAUUCCACUAUUCAAGGAGCAACACGCACAACUGUCGGAGUUCCACUGCAACAGGUGCCAACCAGUGUAGCCCAACAGAAGUGGCGUUCGCCCGACUCUGGAGUUGUUAAAGUUAAUGUUGACGGGACUUUCAAUCCGUAG